AUGACACCAACAGAUCAUAUUUAUAUUAAUUUGCUGAAGGACUUGGACACCACGUUAGGUUUUAAAUUCGAUUUUGAAAUCAAAACUGAAACCAAUGGUCCACAACUUAAUUUAACUUGUCGAAGUCCUUGGACGAACCCACUGGUAACAACUAAGUCAACAACAAGUGCUGGGGGUAAUAGCUUACAGAGUGACAGUACAACAGAUAGGUCUUUCACAACCACAAUGGUAACAACUCAGACAACAACAGCUGCUGGAGGUAAUAGAUUACAGAGUGACAGUACAACAGGAACAUCUGGACAGUCUGAGUCUACUAUAACUACAGACAGAAGUAAGGUACCAGAGGGCAAUUCAUAUCUACCUGUGAUAGUAGGCUGUACUGUUAGUGGUGUAGUUCUAGUGUCUGUAAUUAUUGUUAUAGUCGUAUGUUUCCGGAAACGGAGAAAUCAGAAACCCCAGAACGACCAGAACGUAUUGGAUCAGAAUAUUAGAGAUAGUGAUAGAAAUAUUUACCUUGCCACGAUACCUGAUAGACCCAGUCACAUUCAACAUCAGAAUACAACCGACACCUUAUCAAAUACAGUGUAUAAUAGUUUAGAUUCAAGAUACAAUACUUCCAGUGAUUUAAAACCAUAUGAACAUCUACCAAAACAAGAAAACAGCCUAACAGAACACCAGGAAGAUUUACCACAUAUAGACAACGAUUACGUUAUUGUUGUGGAAGGUUCGAGUCCGGAAAAUGAAAUCGAACUCAACACAAUUCCUCCAAAUAACGUUUAUAGCAGACCUGAUCCACGAAACAAUACUUCCAGUGACUAUAGACCUUACGAACAUCUUCCAAAACAAGAAAAGGAUAUUACUAAGCAACAAGAACAUGUUUCAGAGCUACAGGAAGACGUUCUGUUUACAAACAACGAUUAUAUUGAUGUUGUGGAAGAUACGAGUCCAUGUAAUUAA